GUAGCCUCCAGGAACAAUCGGGUCUUUUGAAUCCCAACUAUUCAAAGAGAACCAUGAAUUAUUCAACCAUGGCGACCGCUCCUUGCCAUUGUAUUCGAUGAAUUAACGUAAAGUCUUCCUCUAUGAACCAUCAAUGAUUGUGUUAGCAUUACAAAAGAAUUUGCUUGUCUAACCCCAAAGUGUCAAACCACAAACGUGUAGGCCUAUGUGUAACUGCGAUCAACCCGGCAUGGCGUUCAUGUUGAAGUAUGCCUAAAAAUAAGACCAUUUACGAUCUGCCUUCAUUUUUUAUAGUAACUCGUUUUAGUAGACUUCCGUGACAAGUUUAUGGCAUUUUUUCUUCAAUUAUUCACCUUCUGUUUCACGAUUGAUGGUGUACCCAAGGCCGUGUAUACGGGCCCGUGUCAAUAAUAAUGAAAUGGUGUUAAUGGCUGUGUUAUACAAAGUUUUCACAGGACAGAGACUGAUCAAGUGACAUUGCUAAGUAACUUAUGGAAGGGAAUUCUUUAACUUGGCAUUCUUCAAUAUGUACUUGUUCCAAAAAGGAUUGUUCAGUUUUGCCCAGAUGCCGUACGUGUGAAUCCAGGACACAAGUGAUGUAGCAAACCUUACGGAGCCAAAAGGAGUAGAAAAGCAUAUUAAUGUCCAUCAACUUGUUGCUGUUAUGAUAUCUUUGUAGAGACUAGCAAUACAACCACCACACCGAAUAAAUCCAAUCAAAUACAUAUCAUCAUGUCCUUAAGACGUAGGAUCAUUUAUUUUACUGCUCUGCUGAGUUCUAUUUUCAUAUUCGUACAGGCAAUACUAUUUUAUAUCUCGAUAACUAAAAGUGAAAGUACAUCGGGCAUUAAACGCCAGCUCUUUGAACAACCGCAUGUUGCAAGUAACUUUCUAAAAAAUAGUAUAAAUAACAAAACAGCGCUAAAAGAACGCGAACGCAAAUUAACAAUUAACGGAAAGCCCAAAAAGUCAGUCGUUGGAAAGUACUCAAAAACACUACAGAAUUGGCCAGAUGUCAGUGACAUAGGAGGGGAUUCAAGGAUCCAGUAUCACAUCUCUGGUUCCGAGUUCCAUAAACGCUGGGAUGUCAACUGCACAAAGAUUAUAAAUGGUGAGCAGCCGUAUGUACACGACGUAUACGCCAUGUUAGAAGAUCACAGAGACAUUGAAAAGAACCUUCCAGUACCUGACGACAUCGAUGUAUUAAGUUGGAUGGCAGAUUGCGAUGAAUACAAAGCUAGACGAAAAUAUCCAACUAAGCCCUUUUCAAAGGAAGAAGGAGAUUUUCCAUUGGCGUAUAUAAUCGUAACUCACAAAGAGUCUGCACAGUUGGAGAGACUGCUGCGCGCCAUUUAUCAUCCACAGAAUGUUUAUUGCGUUCAUCCGGAUGCUAAGUCGCCACAUGCAUUCCAUAGUGUUGUACAUAAACUAUCUGAAUGUUUUGAUAACGUCUUCGUUGCUUCAAAACUUGAGAGUGUACAGUACGCCGGAUACACAAGAUUAUUGGCCGAUAUUAACUGUAUGGAUGAUCUUUUGCGCAGACCUGAACCAUGGAAAUAUGCAAUGAAUAUGUGCGCACAAGAUUUUCCACUGAAAACUAAUCUGGAAAUAGUUCAGCAACUCAAAAUGUAUAAAGGACAUAAUGAUAUUAACGGUAUAUUACCCCCACGGUACAUACAGAGCAGAACUCGAUUCAUAUACCGCACGACGCUAACGGGAAAGUUAACUUCAACGGCUAAAAGGAAAACAAAUCCUCCACAUGGCUUGACGAUAUACUUUGGAAAUGCGUAUUACGCCGCAACACGACGCUUUGUAAAUUACAUCAUCAAUGACCAGGUAGCCAUUGAUCUCCUGAGAUGGUCAAACGAUACAUAUAGCCCGGACGAACACUACUGGGUGACAUUGCAGAGGGAUAAAAGGACUCCUGGUGGGUAUCCUAACGCGACAUGGGAUGAGAAUGUACGAUUCAUGAAAUGGGGAGACAUACCAAAACACCCACCAUGCAAAGGAAAAUACGUACGCGGCUUGUGUGUCUUUGGAGUCGGUUACAUGGAAUAUCUGACUCGUCAACCUCAUCUGCUAGCCAAUAAGUUCUACUACAGUUUCGAUCCUAUAACCUUACAAUGUAUUGAGGAGCUACUUGAUUACAGGACUGCCUAUCCUGAAACUGUAAACAUCUUUCAGAAUUUUCCCAUUACGGAUAUGGUGUGGCAAAACCAUAUUGCAUUUUAACUCUUUAACCAGGAACAGAAAAUCUAGGCAAAUACAAAUGCUAUUUUAAACAGAAUGUAGAAUAUUACAUUUUAAUUUGUAAGAUAAACAAAUCUAUUACAAACGUUUGACACACAUACUAAAUGGAGAAAUAGGCAUAUUCUGGUAUCACUUGCAAAUGGAUUUUAAUUAUUUUCACAAUAUUUCGCUAUAUGGUCACUUCAAGUUUACAUAAUGACCCGAGGAAACCAUAGUAUAUGAAAAAUAAAUUUUAAUUGAUUUUUUAAA